AUGGCGCAGGAAUAUGGAUCUUGGUUGAGAAGGAAUCUGUCCUCCCUGCAGCGAGAAUACGGCUCAUUGCAUGAAAUCCUAUUACCCCGACUGGUGUAUAACCGGACCCAGCGGCAGGAGGAGCUGCAGGUUAUAGCGCAGCAGCGCCAAGACCUACGCAGCAACCUGAGAAACGUUCAAGAACAGUACGACUCCAUGAGGAAGAUGAACAUUCUCAUCCCCCGGAGCAGUCACCUGCUGAUGGGCUGUGCCACUCAUUUAGAAGAUUCAGCCAUGUUGUGUCCCUUUUGCCCCACGGGGUGGCGGCUCUUUGGGCUGUCCUGCUACUUGCGGUCAGAAGACGCUCAAACUUGGGAGGAGGGUCUGUCCUGGUGCAGGAUGAAGGGCGGCUUCCUGGCUGUGAUUAAUAAUGAGGAGGAGGAGAAUUUCCUGGAGAAUUUAGUGAGCGACACCACCUGGAUUGGCCUCUCGGACCAUCACAGAGAAGGGAACUGGCGCUGGGUGGAUGGGACGCCAUACGAUUCUACAACCUGGUUCUGGAAGACCGAUCAGUCGGACAAUGAUGGCGAAGAGGAUUGUGUUACUCUGUCUCCUGUAUCUAAAUGGAAUGAUGACAAGUGCAGCGAGAAAUACAAAAGUGUUUGUGAGCGCCGCGCAGAUCGGCUUAUACUGAAGGGGGGCACUCUCAGUAACUAA